CGGCUUCCGGUGCUAGGUAGAGGGAAGGAAGGAGGGAGUCGGGGAGCGGGGCCAGGGGAGCAGCGGCGUUGAAAUCGGCCGGGGGAGCCGGAGGGAGCCGAGCGAGAACCGAGCGGAACCUGCGGGGGCGGAGGCGGCGGCCGCAGCGGCAGAGCUUGGGAGCAGGAACCGACAGAAGGGGGUUAAGGAAGAAAGCCUCAUUGCUUUGUGACCAAUGUGGAGCAGCUGACCUUGGAUGGGCCACGGCAAGCCUAGGAUUUACCUGGCUGAGGAACAAGAGGAUCAAGUCCUCCAUACCAGGGACCAGGUCAAAACCAAACUGCCACUGCCCCCGCUAGGGCCCUACUGUCUUCAGAAAGCAGCUGCUGUGAUCAUGGGUAAUAUCUUUGGAAACCUUCUCAAGAGCCUGAUUGGGAAGAAGGAGAUGCGCAUCCUGAUGGUGGGCCUGGAUGCUGCAGGAAAGACCACAAUCCUAUAUAAGCUGAAACUGGGGGAGAUCGUCACAACCAUCCCCACCAUUGGGUUCAAUGUGGAGACAGUGGAGUACAAGAACAUCAGCUUCACAGUUUGGGAUGUGGGUGGCCAGGACAAGAUUCGGCCUCUCUGGAGACACUACUUCCAGAACACCCAAGGGUUGAUAUUUGUGGUCGACAGCAAUGAUCGGGAGCGAGUAAAUGAAGCCCGGGAGGAGCUGAUGAGGAUGCUGGCAGAGGAUGAGCUUCGGGAUGCUGUGCUCCUCGUCUUUGCAAACAAACAGGAUUUGCCUAAUGCUAUGAAUGCUGCUGAGAUCACAGACAAGUUGGGCCUGCAUUCCCUGCGUCAUCGCAACUGGUAUAUUCAGGCCACCUGUGCCACCAGUGGGGACGGGCUGUACGAAGGCCUGGACUGGCUGGCCAAUCAGCUCAAAAACAAGAAAUUGAACUGUGAAAGAGGUUCCAGAGAUGUCCUCCUCAGUGCCAGUUCCUUAGUGAUGUUUCAUUUACCCAAGAUGCAGAAGUCCAGCCUGGGCGCUGAGAGAACCGCUGUUGUAGCCUCCGCCACACAGGCAGCCGGUCCUGGUGUCCUGCGCCUUGCACCGCGUCAAAUCAUGACCCUGCGCCCGCCGCUUCUCCCGCGCUGCCUGCUGCCGCUGCUGCUGCUGCUCAGUGGGGCGGCGUGCCAGGCUGAGACUGGGUUCGAAACCGAAAGUCCUGUCCGGACCCUCCAAGUGGAGACCCUGGUGGAGCCCCCCGAACCGUGUGCGGAGCCCGCUGCCUUUGGAGACACGCUUCACAUACACUACACGGGCAGCUUGGUAGAUGGACGUGUUAUUGAUACUUCUCUGACCAGAGACCCUCUGGUUAUAGAACUUGGCCAAAAGCAGGUGAUCCCAGGUCUGGAGCAAAGCCUUCUAGACAUGUGUGUGGGAGAGAAGCGAAGGGCAAUCAUUCCUUCUCACUUGGCCUAUGGAAAACGGGGAUUUCCACCAUCUAUCCCAGCGGAUGCAGUGCUGCAGUUUGACGUGGAGCUGAUUGCACUGAUCCGAGCCAACUACUGGCAAAAGCUGAUGAAGGGCAUUUUGCCUCUGGUGGGCAUGGCAAUGGUGCCAGCCCUCCUGAGCCUCAUUGGGUAUCACCUAUACAAAAAGGCCAGCAGUCCUAAAGUCUCCAAAAAGAAGCUCAAGGAAGAGAAACGAAACAAGAGCAAAAAGAAAUAAUAAAUAAUAAUUUUUAA